GGAAAGUGUAUGUGAGAAAGACAGAGAAAGAGUCGGGGGAAAGGUUCUGCCCUACUGUGCUUUUUUUUGUUUUAAUUUAUUAGUUUAAUUAUUUUUUUUUUUUUGCACUGAAAGCGAGACAUGGAAAAGCGCUGCUAGCAUACGGGUAUCGCGACGCAGCUGCCGGAUUAAUCAAGUGACAGGAGCCGCAGCGAUGGAGAGACGCGCCAGGCAAUACUUGAAAACUUGCGCCCACUUACGCCUGGCCCGACUAUGCUUGUUCACCACUGGGUUAGCGCAAUUGUGCGCUGGAUUUAACUUGGACGUGGAUCAUCCGAGUGUAUAUACCGGUCCCGAGGGUAGCUAUUUUGGCUUUUCGGUGGAGUUUUACCUUCCAAAUGCAUCCAGGUUUAGUGUUCUUGUUGGGGCACCCAAAGCCAACACCAGUCAGCCCAACAUAACAGAAGGUGGAGCGGUAUUCUUCUGCCCCUGGAAUCAGCACCAACAUGCCAACAGCAGCUGCCAGGCCCUUGAGUUUGACACCAAAGGAAAUGAUUUCAGGAUGAUUGUGAAUACAUCUCAACAGAUGGAGUUUAAAUCCCAUCAGUGGUUUGGUGCUACUGUCCGCUCUCAUGGAGAUUCCAUACUGGCCUGUGCCCCACUGUACCACUGGAGAACGUGGAAAGAAAUCGCUGCAUCUGAUGUCACAGGCAACUGCUUCCUGUCCAUCGGCAACUUUAGCCACCUUGUGCAGUAUGCGCCAUGUCGUUCAGAUAUGGAUGGCCCCCAAGGACAAGGCUACUGCCAAGGUGGCUUCAGUGCAGAUUUUACAAAGAGUGGUCGCGUUGUUCUUGGAGGACCUGGAAGUUACUUUUGGCAAGGUCAGCUGCUGUCGGCCAGUCAGGAGAACAUUGUGAAAGCCUACUUCCCGGACUACUUCAUCCUGCCAGUGAAGGAACAGCUUCACACACGCCAAGCCCAAUCUUCCUAUGAUGACAGCUACCUCGGUUACUCUGUGGCUGUGGGAGAGUUUACAGGAGAUACUGAUGAAGAUUUCGUCACUGGGGUACCCAAAGGAGCCAUGCUGUUUGGCUACGUGGCCAUUCUUAAUGGAACCAACAUAAAGACCGUCUCAAAUAUUUCCGGCACUCAGAUGGGGGCCUAUUUUGGUUACGCUGUUGCGGUGACAGACGUGAACAGUGAUGGGUUUGAUGACCUACUAGUGGGAGCGCCCAUGUUCAUGGUCAAGGGACCCAAUGGCCAGUUUGAGGAAGUGGGCCAGGUGUCUGUCUUCUUACAGGAUGGACCCCUGAGUUUUAACUCUGAUCCCCAGGUGCUGACUGGCACACAGGUCUACGGCCGAUUUGGGAGUUCUGUUGCACCUCUGGGUGAUCUGAACCAAGAUGGCUACAAUGAUGUUGCACUUGGCUGCCCAUUUGGUGGAGAACAUCAGCAAGGUGUGGUCUACAUUUAUAACGGGCAUGCUGGAGGACUGAUGGACACACCUUCACAAGUCCUCAUAGGCCAGUGGGCCUCCACCAACUUGCCUCCCAGCUUUGGAUUUGCCAUUCGUGGAAAUAAAGACCUGGAUGAGAAUGGCUACCCAGAUCUCCUUGUUGGAGCUUUUGGGGUAGACAGAGUUUCGCUGUACAGAGCUCGCCCAAUUGUUAACGCCAGUGCCACCCUUCUCAUCACCCCAAACAUGCUGAACCCCGAAGAGAAGUCUUGCUUUAUUCCUCAGACCUCGCAUGUGGUGUCUUGCGUUAUCCUCACUUUCUGUCUUACAGCCAAUGGGCGACACCUUCCUCACGAUAUUGCGUUCAGUGUGGACUUGCAGCUUGACCAAAGGAAACAGAAAGGAGCAGUUAGGCGGGUGAACUUCCUGUCCAACAGGCAGCCCAGCCUGCAGCAGACAAUCAAUGUGCAGAAUGGAGCGGCCGAAACCUGCCGGGAAAUGAAGGUCUACCUCAAGGAUGAAUCAGAGUUCCGAGACAAGCUCUCUUCCAUUUACGUUACCCUGAAUUUCACCUUGGAUCCUCACGCCCCCGCCGACCGACAUGGCCUCCAGCCCAUCCUCAACUAUCAGACUCAGCAGCUCAUUGAGCAGAAGGUUCAGAUUCUGCUCGAUUGUGGUGAGGAUAACAUCUGCGUCCCAGAUCUCAAGCUGGCAGUUCAUGGGGACCGUAAAGAGGUGUACCUUGGUGAUGACAAUUCCUUGACUUUGACUUUCAACGCCCGCAAUGAAGGUGAAGGUGGUGCUUAUGAAGCUGAGCUGUAUGUGGUCCCACCUCCAGAGUCUGAAUACAUUGGGAUUGUACGCAACAAUGAGUCUCUCUCUGAACUGACCUGUAGCUACGAGAUGGAGAAUCAGACCAGAGUAGUCAUCUGUGAUUUGGGCAACCCAAUGAAGUCCAAGACCAGCCUAUGGGGUGGUCUCCGCUUUAAAGUUCCACAUUUGAAGGACAAGAAGAGGACGGUGCAGUUUGAGUUUCAGAUCCGCAGUAAGAAUGAGAACAAUUCAAGAAGCGAACUGGUCCACUAUACACUUGACGUGGCUGUGUCGGCUGCAGUCUCAUUCUUGGGAGCAUCACACCCAGAAAAUGUAGUUUUCCCUCUGGUCAACUGGAAAGCAACCAAGAAUCCCGAGAUGGAACAGGACAUAGGGCCAUUGGUCCAGCAUGUGUAUGAGAUGACCAACAAAGGUCCAAGCCUAAUAAGCCACACCAUUCUGAAGGUGAACUGCCCAGUUAAGCUGCACAGUCACCAUCUGUUGUAUCCUGUAGAGAUCAUCACACAAGGCCCUCUCAACUGUAGCACCAACGCCUCCAUAAACCCUUUCCAGGUUAAGCUAAGCCACUCCGUCACUGAGCAGACGCCCACUCUAACUCCGAGUCCUGAGCACUUCAUCCAGAAGAGAGAUGUAUCCCGUGAAAUCCUGUCUGAACUGGACACGCUGACCUGCGCCCAAGCGCAAUGCCUGAGGUUGAACUGUGUGGUGGGCCUUUUGGGUAAAGACUCCAGCGUGCUCCUGAAGGUGCGAUUCCGACUCUGGGCAGAGACGUUUAUCAAGAGAAAGCUUCGGCCUUAUGUAUUGGAAUGCCAGGCUUCUUAUGACGUACUCCAGAUGCCCUAUGAAAUCCCACCAAGCAGUCUACCCAGUGGAACAAUUCAGAGAAGCACUUCGGUGGUGUGGGCGAAGCAGGACAAUGACCACUCGGUUCCCCUUUGGAUCAUCGUUCUGGCUGUCCUGGCGGGGCUGCUCCUCCUGGCACUUCUCAUCUAUGUGCUUUAUAAAGUGGGUUUCUUUAAACGCUCUCUGCCCUAUGGAACAGCAAUGGAGAAGGCCCAACUCAAGCCCCAAGCUGCAUCAGAAGCCUGAAAAAAAAUACAUAGAGAGGCAAGACAAAGAGUUCUUCAGUCAGUUAAAACUGCCGACAUUGGAGAGAGAGAAACAGAUGAGUGAAAAGACAAAUCUGCUGACCACCUCGACUACUUGGACUAUUCUGACAUUUUUUUUAAAUCAUUCUUUAAAUAAUUGGGUAUUUUUAAUAUUUUUUAUUUUUUCAACAUUUCAGUUGGUCUCUCGGCCACCAGCUUAUGUUGCUAGUUUUCUUGUCGGCUUUGGCUGUAAACCACUUGAGGAUUUCUUCUUUGACACUCCACUCCUCCAAAGCUUCAUCCUACUUGACCCCACAGCCUGCAAAAAGGGGAUUCUUUGGUGCUACAAGGUUGGGGGAAAUCUGGAAAUCAGACCACCUACUAGACAUUGCUGGAUCUUUGGACUCGGAGGGGCCACCUGAACCCUACCUCCUCCUCCUCCUCUUCUGGCUGCCAGCUUCAGAUUCUUUAAAACUGAAAUCCUCCAUGGCUGUCAUAAUUUAUAUCCCUGGUGUGUCCCUCUGGACUGUUGAUUUCAGUUUAGACCAGAAUGUGACGACUCGGCUCACCAUAAUGGGGGUCCCCUUAUUCUUUUUUUGUUUUGUUUUUUUUUUUAAAGUUGUGGCCUGGACUCUAGUACACUUGGAUGCAGCAUGGACAAGGGAGUUCACAUUUUCCCCAGCUUUUUUGGACCAAUGUUUCUUUGCAUUUGCUUCUUUCUGCCAUUGGAAGUUUGGUGAAUUAAACACUGAAGGGGAGGGCGGUGGGAAUUGGGAAAUCUCAAUUGGACCCUGAUUUGGGAGGACAAGUCCACCAGAGAAUGAAUGUGCUUGAAUGGGGUGAGGGGGGGGGGGGGGGUCCAGAAUAUAACUUCACACUUGGGCACUGGUUUAACGGCAGAGCUGGUCUUUAGUGGACACUGCCAGAGAACGAAGGGGGGGGGACAGACUACAUUGAUGUGAAAGGGUCCAAGUGCUCAAUUAACUAAUGUGCCUUCUUUGGUGGGAAUAUAUUUAAUUGGAGUGGAGUGUCGGGCUCACUGUAGACAAGGGAGGGGCCACUCAUGCAGUGCACGGCCCCCCCUUUAUUGUAUUUCCCAGACCUACAAAUAGUCUAAAACCCCUGCCAUCUAUGUAUGAUUUGAAGUGUUCUCAAGUUUCCAUAUUGAAUGUGCAAUAUUUUCCUGCCUUUAUUUUGAUGAAGGCUGCAGUCACGAGGACUGACUGGGGGUCUUUCUUUUUUUUUUUUUUUUUUUCUUUUGCACUGUUCCAGGCUAUCCUUUGAUUCGCCUUCACCCCCUGAAACCAAACCCUAAUGCGGUAUGGGUGGGGUGGGGGGAGAGGAGGGGUCCGCCUGCAAAUGGAGCUCACAAAGUCUCUCCCAAGUCCUCGAACCUUCCGAAUUUAUUUUUUUUGCCCCUUGACCAAACCACCCCACCCCUUUCUUCAUUCCCUCCCUCCCAAACCUCUAGCUGUAAAUAUAUUUUAGGUAAGGGAUAAUUUUAAAUUGUGUGUGAUUUAAUUAUAAUUUUAUUAUUGCUCUUUUUUUUUUCUAAACUAUGCAUAAAAUACUCAAGAAUGUAUUUGAAUUUUAUCUCCCCAUAUUGGGUGAUAUUUUACUGUUGACAAGCAUCUAAAACUUUUAUUUUUUUUUUUUUUUAAAUAAAGCAGAAUGAGACUGUGCCUGAGGGCCAAAGCUGGCCACAGUACUAAAGGUGUUAAGAAGUCAUUUUGAUAGGCAAUAAUAAAGUUACGUCUUUUAAUAAAUGGACGGCAGGAUGUUUUAAAGGUCAAUCACUUUUGUUGUGGUUGGCCACUCUUUUCAAUCUUUCAUUGGUCAGACACAGCCAAUCAGGUAGCGGUAAUGCACAUGCCAAAAAUAAAGACUGGCCAGUCCCACCUGGACUAAAUUCCCUAACUGGCAUUUGAUUUGGCAUAUGGAGGACACAUCUUGUAAGCUCAGAAUGGUAUUGGCCAUCCCUAAGGAGACUAAACCAUAAAGCCAAUUACACUUUUAAACUUAUUAUUAAAAGGGCAGACUUUCUAGCUGGUAUGAAUGAAGAGCAGAAAUCCUGGCAGGUUAAUUUCUGUGCCACCCUUCAUGAAUUGCUCACCACUUUGUCCGCACUAGCAGGCAUUUGAACCCCUGUUUGCACACCUCUUCCUCCUUUUCUGUACCAGGCUGUGUUGGGAGGUUGAGUACAUGCAAACAGGUGAAGAGGAACACUAAGCUGGCCUGGCGGUGCCCCCCUUGUGUCCUUGUGGUCACGCUGCUGUGCUGCCAGCUUCACCUCAGCCCUCCUCUCUCAUUCUGCUUUUUGUGGUCUUGGCAACUGUAUGAAUGUGUAGUCUGUAUGUAGAAAUUGUUCCUUUUUUAUGAUUUUACACAAGUGCCUUUUAAAAAUUAAAAUCUGGGGAAGAUAAA